AUGAUCGCCGGCUUGCUGCUUUCCGCUUUCGCCCUCGGGGGCCUGUGCGGCACCGCCGCCGCGGAGGACUUUGAGCCUGCCGACUUCAAUGUCACCAGUGAGCUGCUGAAGCUCGGCGUCGACGUCUCCAAACUCCCUGGGCUCUCAGGACUUGGUGGGCGUGACGUUUCCGCCCCUUGCACCGCGGCUUGCAAGUCGCUCUCCGCCCUGUACGGCGACAACGCCGUCUACGCCCAAAAUACGACGGGAUACGGUGCCUUCACGAGUGCCUACUGGUCGUCGAUCCAGUCCGAGGUCGACCCGCUCUGCAUCUUCAAGCCGGCCAAGGUCGCCGACGUUUCCGUGCUGGUGCUCCUCUCCCGCCUGACGCAGUGUCCGUUUGCGUUCAAGAGCGGCGGCCACGCUGCCUUUGCCGGCGCGUCGAGCGUCGAGGGCGGCAUCACCGUGUCGUUUGAGAACUUCAAGGACGUCACCGUGUCGCGGGACAGGAAGACGGUCAAGAUCCAGCCCGGGAACAACUGGGUGGACGUGUACAAGGUGCUGGAUCCGCAAGACCUCACCGUCACCGGUGGCCGCGUCGCACGCGUGGGCACUGGUGGCCUGACGCUCGGGGGUGGCAUUUCCUACUUCUCAAACAUUUACGGUUGGGCAUGCGACAAUGUUGUUUCUUACGAGGUCGUCACUGCUUCGGGACGCGUCGUCCACGCGACCCCCACGGCGUUCCCGAAGCUGUACUGGGCGCUCAGGGGCGGCGGCAACAACUUUGGCAUCGUGACGUCCUUCACGUUCGAGACGAUUCCCCUCCCCAAGGGACAGAUGUGGGGCGGGACCAGGACCUAUCUCGAGUCCAACUUUGAGGGUGUGGUCGACGCCUUCGCCGGUGUCAUCGCCAACUCGCCGUCGGACCCCAACGCCGGCAUCUGGGUCGCCUGGAUCCUCAAGUACGGGCUCAAGCUGGCCGCGACGGAGCUGUACUACGCGAAGCCCGACGGCGCCGCCAACGCCACCAUCUUCAACGACUUCAAGGCCAUGACGCCCAUCGCCGACACCACCAAGAGCCGCAACGUGAGCGAGUACUCGGAGGCGCAGCAGUCGACGAACCCGUACGGCCUCCGCGAGGUGUACUGGUGCAUGACGGUCAAGGCGGACGCCAGGAUCGCCCGCGUCGCCCGCGACAUCUACUACCAGGAGCGGCCGGCGGUCGCCAACAUCGAGGGGGCCGGCCCCGUGCUCAUCUUCCAGGGCAUCACCGUCGGGCAGAUGCAGAAGAUGAGCAGGAACGGCGGCAACGCGCUGGGCCUCGACCACCGCGACGGGCCGCUGUACCUGAUCCAGAUUGCGUGCUGGUGGAAGAACGCGGCCGACGACGAGGCCAUCUACGCCUUUGCCCGCAAGGUCAUGGACCGCAUCGCCGCCGAGGCGACGGCGCUCGGCGUGCAGAGCGACUACAUCUACAUGAACUACGGGAGCAGGUUCCAAAACGUCAUUGCCGGCUAUGGCGCGGACAAUGUCAACAAGCUCCGCGACAUUGCCAGGCAGUACGACCCCAAGGCCGUUUUCCAGACCCUGCAGCCCGGUCACUUUAAGCUCGACAGAGCGCCUGUCUCCAGCUGAGCAUGUGUUUUGGGUCCAAUGUGCUCUUGAAAGCAAUACCAUCGCACAUAUACGUGGCACAGAAGCUGCCAAGUCGAGGCUUUACGAAACGUCUUGGGACAAGGACCAGCGUCAAGGAGCCACCGGCCGUGAUCUCGCCAUGGAGCAGUGCGCGACCUCGCUGAGAUCUCUUACAUAUUUCGACGUUGGCGGUAUAUAACAGAACUUGUCACCAAAAUUAUAUGUAUGUUUUUCAAGUUCGCUCCUCAAUAGACUGGCGCUGCAUUAGCG